UUGACAAAACUCGCAGCUUAAUGAUUCUCAACACACUUUCUUUUUUAUUCACUGACAUUAGUGGAAACUACAGAAAAGCGCCAGCGAAUACGCACUCUCUAUUUCCUCUUCCAUCUUCUCUUCUCCUCUCAAAGCUAUCAUCAUCUCCAAUGGCGUUUCCAGUAAAUCCAAUCCUCACCCUUAUCUUCUCCUUCUUCUCUCUCCCCCACCUCUCCUCCGCUGCCUUCACUCCACCCGACAACUACCUCCUCAACUGCGGCGCCAACACCAACGCCUCCUUCUUCUCCACCCGCUCCUUCCUCGGCGACUCCACAAACCAAGCCUCCACCUUUCUCUCCGCCGACCGAUCCAUCUCCCUCUCCGACCAAAACCCACCUCCAAAUUCCCCCGUCCUAUACCACACCGCCCGCGUCUUCCCCGGCGGAUCAUCAUCACCCCAAUCUCCCGCGUACAAACUCCACCUCACCACCAAAGGCACUCACUUCAUCCGUCUCCACUUCGCGCCUUUCAAAGCUCCCGCCUUUAACUUAAACUCAGCCAAAUUCUCCGUCUCCGUUAACGGAUUCUCCCUCCUAACAACCUUCACCCCCACCUCCUCCGUCGUCGUAGUGAAAGAGUUCAUACUCAAAAUCGAUUCCCCUGUUCUCGAGAUCUCCUUCCUCCCCUCCAAAGCUUCCACCUUUGCCUUCGUCAGCGCUGUCGAAGUCUUCUCAGCUCCUAAAGAUUACAUAAUCGAUCAAGGCACCAAGCGCGUGGUCCCAAACUCCGCUCAAAUAUUCAGCAACUUAUCCUCCCAAGUCCUCGAGACAGUUCACAGAAUCAACGUCGGUGGUUCGAAGCUAACUCCGUUCAACGAUUCCCUCUGGAGGACUUGGCUCGUCGACGACGAUUAUCUCCUCCUCAAAGGAGCUGCGAAGCGUGCUUGGACCACUCACUCUCCGAACUAUCAGAGCGGUGGCGCGACGAGGGAGAUUGCUCCUGAUAAUGUCUAUAUGACUGCGCAGGAGAUGAACCGUGAUAACCAGGAGCUUCAGGCCCGGUUUAACAUCAGCUGGGAGUUCCCUGUUGGUUCGAAUUCGAGAAGAGUUCUUCAUUUGGUUCGUUUGCAUUUCUGCGAUAUCGUUAGCACCUCGCUUAACCAGCUCUACUUCAAUGUCUUUAUCAAUGAUUUUUUGGCGUAUAGAGAUGUUGAUCUCUCUGCGUUGAGCUUCCAUGUGCUUGCGUCUCCGUUUUAUGUCGACUUUGUUGCUGAGUCUGACCGGGAUGGGAUGGUGAGGGUAAGCGUUGGACCGUCUGAUCUCAGCAACCCGGCGAGGGUUAAUGCUAUACUGAACGGAGUUGAGAUCAUGAGGAUUGUGAGUCCUGUGAGUUCUAAAGUUGGGUAUGGAAAGAAGAACGUUGUGUGGAUCGUUGCUGGCUCGGUGUUGGGGAGUCUUGUGCUUUUGUCACUCCUCGUCUUGUGCUGUUUGUGUUUCUGUAGACCCAAGAAGAAGAAGAGCAGAACCAAGAGGUCAGAGAGCACCGGGUGGACGCCUCUGAGGAGGUUCAGAAACAGUUCCAUCAGUAGAACAACCGAAGGAACCGUUAGCUCUAACGGCUACCAGACUCUGAGGAUCUCUUUCGCUGAGAUACAGUCCGGAACCAAUAACUUCGACAAGAGUUUAGUGAUCGGAGUUGGAGGAUUCGGGAUGGUCUUUAAAGGCUCUCUCAAGGACAACACCAAAGUAGCUGUCAAGAGAGGCGUCCCCGGUUCGAGACAAGGCUUACCGGAGUUUCUAUCCGAGAUAACAAUCCUCUCUAAGAUCCGUCAUCGGCAUCUCGUUUCGCUUGUUGGAUACUGCGAGGAACAGUCUGAGAUGAUCCUUGUUUACGAGUACAUGGACAAAGGACCGCUCAAGAGCCACUUAUACGGUUCCACCAACCCUCCUUUGUCAUGGAAACAACGGCUCGAAGUCUGCAUUGGUGCGGCGAGAGGUCUUCAUUACCUCCACACCGGUUCUUCUCAAGGAAUCAUCCACCGUGAUAUAAAGUCCACCAACAUCUUGCUGGAUAACAACUACGUAGCCAAAGUUGCAGACUUCGGACUGUCGAGAUCCGGUCCUUGUCUCGAUGAGACUCACGUGAGCACGGGGGUGAAAGGAAGCUUCGGUUAUCUCGAUCCUGAGUACUUCAGGAGACAACAGCUCACUGAUAAGUCCGAUGUUUAUUCGUUUGGAGUCGUCUUAUUCGAAGUUCUCUGCGCUAGACCAGCUGUUGACCCGUUGCUCGUGAGGGAGCAAGUGAACUUAGCAGAGUGGGCUAUUGAGUGGCAAAAGAAAGGAAUGCUGGACCAGAUAGUUGAUCCGAACAUUGCUGAUCAGAUCAAACCGUGUUCCUUGAAGAAGUUUGCGGAAACUGCGGAGAAAUGCUGUGCGGAUUACGGUGUGGAUAGACCGACCAUAGGUGAUGUUCUGUGGAACUUAGAACACGUGCUUCAGCUUCAAGUAUCUGGACCGUUGGAGAACGCUGAAGAAGCUUGUGGAGAUGUUACUGGCUCGAGGACGACGGCAAGGCAAGGUUUGUCUAGUGACUCGAACACGGAGAGGGAGAGUGGAGAUGGAACUUCGGGUAUAAUCGAUAGUAGCCAAGUGUUCUCUCAGCUCUUGAACAACGCUGGCAGAUAAUAAAACAAGUCACUGCUUUUAUAGAGUGUUUAUAGUCAAAUACAUAAACCGGGAAACUAAAAUGGUCUACCGGUAUAUCUCAGAUUUGGUUUGUGUGCGGUAUAAUUCGGUUUGUAUAACUUGUAGUCGUAGAGUCUCUCUUGUGUUGAAUGUAUGGUUCAUUUUUGUAAUACGUACGGAUGAAGCAAAACCAGGAAUAACCGUCA